UUCAUCAAUUACUAUUUAAUAAAAUACAAUAAAAUUAACAUUUCAAUUUUAUUGUAUUUUAUUAAAACAAAAAGAAAAAAACAUAGUCCGCGUUGGGUGGUAUCCUAAUAAUCUAUCAAGAGAGUACCCAAAUUCUUUUAAGAAAAAGAAAUAAAAUUACUUAAGGGCACAUGAAGUCGGCAAAGAGACUGAAAGUAAGUCAUGUGCCAAAGCUUUCCCUGUAGGACCCCCAAAACACGAAACCGAUGAAAGCCGCUUUUUCUUUCCGCUGACGUCAUGCUAACCGCCGCAUCCUUCCUCCCUACACGGUUGAGUCGCUUCGUCUUCUUCCUACUCUGUUCCCCUAUCCUUCUCCCUCUUCUCUGCCUCUCGAUCCCUCUCCUCUGCGCCGUCGAGAUCUUCAGCCGCCUCCGCUGCCGAAUCGCGAAAUCGGCGGCACCUUCCUCCGUCGUAACGGAAGUUCUCGCCGCAGGCGAAGAUGACUUGCGGCGAUGUGAGGAAGGAUGCGGCGAACUCGUAGCGGAAGAAGAUGAGACUGAAUGCAGUUUGCUUGAGAGAUACUUGGAGGAUCAGGCUAGAUCCAUUUACGAUUGUGGAGUCGGAGAUGAAGAAGAUGAGGGCGGCGAUCGUGAUCCAAUUAGGGUUCCUCUUUUGUCUUAGAAAGUUUUGUUUGUUUUCCAGAAAAGAAAUGUAAAUGUAGAUAAAAGGAAUGUAUAUCAAUUCGAUCAAGAUCUCAAUUGGUGAUUUGCAUCUAUUUAUCAAUAGCAUAUCCAUCAUUAAUUCAAUCAUAAUUUUGAUUGCUUUGUUCAACGACUGGAGAAAAAA